CAUGUCGACGGCGAUGAAUUUUGGGUCCAAGAGCUUCCAGCCGCGGCCCCCGGACAAGGGCAGCUUCCCUCUAGAUCACUUCGGUGAAUGCAGAAGCUUCAAAGAGAAGUUCAUGAAGUGUCUCCGCGACAAUAAAUUCGAAAACGCUUUGUGCAGAAGGGAGUCAAAAGCCUAUUUAGAGUGCAGAAUGGAGAGGCAACUGAUGGCACAGGAGCCCCUGGAAAAGCUGGGAUAUGGAGAUUUGACUGAUGGAAAACCAGAGGCAAAAACUAACUCGUGAUGGAAAAAGACGACCAGCUGCCCGGCCUUCUGGGAUGGAGUGCGUUGUGUGACCUUGUCAGCUGACAGCUUAGGGUCAGGUCCUGUGAUGGAGAGGUUCCAGAAUGCCCUCCUUGACAGAAAGAGCUCAUCCCGAUGUUUCCCAGGUUGUUUUGAAAACUUACUAUUACUUUUAGAUCUCAUUUUUCCCCAAGAGUGUUAAGUUUUAUCUUUACAUAGCGUGUGGCGGAGUUCCUAAGGAGACCCGUGGCAGGUGGGAGGUAGGAGUGCGGAGUUGUGCCCACCUGGCAAGGGGACACGUGGCCUGGGGGACACGGUGACUCCACAGUGCUGGCGUGCUGAGUGCUCGCAGCUUCAGCCUCCACGGAGAUACAGGUGCUGUCAGAAACCACUCCUAAGCAGAAACGGUUUCCUUGUGCUUCUGGGCACCAGUUCACUUCCUGUUUUCCUAAACAAAAUAUGAACUUGGGAAGGAGAGCGCGUCUGGCCUUUGACAUAUUUGACCUAGUGAUGUUUCCGGUCGUGCCUGAACACCAAGUACCUUUUAACCAAAGGCUCAUUUUAUGACCUGUACAGAUUGUGUUUAUAAAACUAGUAACAGUGACCCGUGUAUUGUAACUGAGAAACAAAGUGUUGGGACACUCGUAGCUCGCCUCAUGCAUGUGGUCUCCAGCGUCUCCCUCUGAAAGCACACCCGCAUGGUCCUGCGGCGUCACCUUCACCAGGGCUACCCCCAGAAUUGCCUGCAGUCACUUAAACUUCACGUGUGCCCUAACCCAGCCAGGGUUUCCAGGCGGCUUUGCUGCAUGGCCAGGGUUCCAAUGCCCGUGCAGAAUGCUGCGUGUGUGUGUGGGUCUGGGCCCAGCGCUGACCUCCCUGGCUCCUGGCCAGCCAGCUUUGGUCCCAGUGUGGCUAAUGGAAGAUGGUGGAGACAUCCCCUCUAGGACAGUGACCCCGGGAGGGACCGCCAGCCAUGACCCAUGCCUGGGCUCCCGAAAGUCCCCACUGCCUGCUCCUCAGCCAUGGGUGGUAGAGGUGUGGCCAUGUCCCAGUCUCUGCCUUCAGGUCCCUCUGAUUUCAGCCCAUCCGCGGUGGGUGCCUCUUGGCUUAGACCCUCCCUGGAGUAAGUCCCUCCCGCGCUUGGUGCCGUUGCCAUGGUGCUGACUCCGCCCCGUGUACCUGUGAGUGGUUAGCUCCUCCUGCUCCCAUCUGCUGUUUGUCACCAUCGGGUAUUUGGGCUCUGUCUUACGCCGUCAUCAUGCUACAACUUUUUCAUGUUAGCGUCCAGUUGCUAAGGUGUCUUGGCUUUUAACGCCAAACUGAGCCAUGAAACUAGUUUGUGUUUGCCAGCCGUCUAGAAUUACAUAUGCACAAGGUCGUUUAUGUGGUAUUGUUUAUAAUUACGGAAUGCUGAAGUGACCCAGAUGCCCACAUGUACGAGCUUUUGGUGAACCGUGGCUCUUGUGGGGGGCUGUGCAGGGAGUCUGAACUGACAUGGGCUGGCCUCCUUCCACAGGCACGCUGUAUAUAAGAAAGGCAGGCUCUAGAAGCAUCUGUAGUGACGUUAACAAGGAAGACAGGAAGCUAGAAGUAUCUGCACAUUUGUGCAAACACAAAAUUGAGGAAGGACAGAGCAGACGCUAAGGAGGAUGGUGGCCGGCGUGUCAUGAAGCCCUGACUCUGAGCCAAAUUCCUGUUCUCCGUGCUCAGAGAUGACACGGCUGUGGGGCACCCAGCAUCAGCUGUGGUGGGUGGGAACAACAAGACUAUUCUGUUGUCUGGCCCGUUCUGAAAGCCAAUGUUCUAGGACUAGAGAACUAGGGAGCAUGGAGAGCCGGGGUCUCAGGAGUCCCUGUUGUGUCACAGAUAAGGUGGCUGCACAGAGAGACAUACUUUAAUGUGUGCGUGCAUCUGUGUGCACCUGCCAGCCCUGAGUGCCCGGGGGCCUGGAGUCGUGACCCCUGCAGCAGGUGCUCACCCUUGCCCUGUCCUGGGCUGGAGCGCUACUCCUGAUGGCUGGAAGCAGGCUCCCAGAGGGACAGCUGGUGCCCGGGCCAGAGUGGGAAAUCCAACCUGAGCCUUAACCAUUUGUGGCAGAAAGCAAGGAAUUGCUGGAAAUAGGAUGGGGGCUUGCUGGAAGAAUAUAGGCUCCCCCCGCAGGGAGCUACAUCCGGGUCAGUUGGAGCAACAGAAUAUUGUAUUGGGUUAUAGUCUUCAGAAUCAGUGACUCUGCACAAGUCCAUGCUGAUAUAAAUCACUAAUGGGGUUAAGCUGUGGGCAGGGGAGGGACAGUGGGCGGUGGUCUGCCCAGCACAGAAGCGCAGGUUGGGGACAGAAGUCACAGCACAGUGGCAGGGGUAGAGACGAGAACCGGCUGGGAGCUCGGAGUCGGGCCGAGUGUGGUGUGCAACCUGGGGCCUGUCCUGGGGCCUCCCCUCAGGGUGUGGUAGAGAUGGCAGUGCACACUCGGUGGCCUACCCACGGCUAGUGUCCCCCUCUGAUGCCCUCCUUGGUGUUCCUACUUCACUCCAGUGAGCAGAUGCCAGACUACACACAUUCUGUAGAGUGAAGACCGGUGCUCUUCAUGGGUAUCAGGGUCCAGAGAAAGGAGGGCUCCGGGGAGAUGGAGGGACUGCCACACAGGUCUGGGGCCGGGAAGGGCAGUGGCGGGCAGCUGCUGGGGCGUGGCAGUCUGCAGCCCGGUUACCAGAGUGCUGGGAUUCUUCUAUGAUUAUGUUACGGUGGCAUUUGGGGAAGCUGGAUAUGAACUCUCCUGUUUUUGCAAAUUUUUGGAAAUCUAAAAUUAUUUGCAUUAAACUGUGUGG